AUGGUACUUCUUGGUCUGCGUUUUAUGCUGUUUAAGAAUUUGCCAAAGCGCGCAAAGACAUUUACAGAACGAGUGCAACAGGGAAUUUAUCAUGGAAAAGGUUACAUGUAUGGCCAUGUGAACACAUUUUCUGAAAAAAAGUAAGCUUAAUCUUGAGCUUAGUCUAAGUGUAAAAUUAUUGAACGUAACCUUAAUUUACAAAUAUAUAGCUUUGUAAAGUUAUAACUAUCUUUCAAAUUUAUUCUUUAAGAUACUACGAGGAUUUACAGUACACAUAAAUGUCAGCAACAACUGCACCAACAUUAAAAUUUUUUAUUUGAAGCAGUAGGGUUACAUUUGCCCUAAGUUUAAAAGAAUGAAGUCACCCCUUUGGAAGUGACAGUAACUAGCAAAUCCUCUCAAAGACAGAUACCGUUGGAACCGGUACCAAAUGUUUGUCUUGGUGAGGUGUUCGCUUUAUACAGAGUCAAAAAAAGAUUGGCAAGCAGCAGGGACCAAUCAUUAACAAUUCCAGACAUGAUGACAUUUCCCACCAUUCUCUGGGUAUGUUGGGCUUUUGUCAUUUCUUCUUCAGAAAGCUGCAAAUGCCCCAUGUUGGGAGCAGCAGUUUCAGUGUUCUCACCAGGAUUUUGCCUUGGGGAGUCUCAGGGCCCCCUCUUCUGAGAAAUAGGAGCCCUGUAAGAACAUUAGGAAGACAAAGUUACAAAAAACACGCGGUACGAAGAACCUGAGCCCGCACUCCAAAUUGUCUGUUACAUGAAGUACCUACCUGAUCCAAUAUGGCGGAAGAGGUGCUUACGAUGUAGUGGGACGUGCGUGGGACCAAUGAAAGUAAAGGCAACAAAAUUAAAGACUUUGACUCAUUUGAUAUCAUGUUUUUUUAUUUAUUCAAACAAACAGAAUGCUUUAGUGUUAGGGUGACCAUUAAAACUACUUAAGUCCGUUUGACUCGUAGCUUGCCCUUGCGCCCUAACAUGCGCAUCUUCUUGGUUUUAAUGCGCCAUUUCAGUUUUUUCUUGCGGGAAUCCCGCAAGGCCGCGGCCUGGUGAGAACACUGCAGUUUCAUACAGAAACCCCACUGUAGGGCAUUAAAAAAAAUUGAGAUAAUUACCCACAAAAUCACAAACCACAAAUCCAUGCAGUGAAUAAAAUCUUUGGCUGACAAUAACCAUGCAUACACAAUGUGCAAAGAAAGUAAGUUUUAUAGCUUUCCCUUUAUAACUCGCAUGUCCUGACCCAAGAGUCUUUUUAACUUGCUUAAAGAAUUUACAGGUGAACUUCUCCACAACGGCCCCCUUGGGGACAAAAGAAAGUGGUGGUUGUAGAAAGGUUUAAAUAAGAGUCAAUGUAUGGACUGUCCACCAGAAAAAGUGUUCAUUGUAGAGAUGUGGCUGUUAGUGGAGGUUUGACUGUACCCAGAACCAAUCCAUGUCUCAGUCUUAAAACUGAUGAGACAUGUAACCAGACAAUUUUUGAAGUCAUGUUACCGGUACAUCAUAUUUCAACAUCCUAAGUAUUUUCACCCCCACCUUCUAUCGCAAACACCUGCCACUUUUAAAAUUGAGGCUUGAAGCACUUACAGAAACAUUCAGAACACUCUUCUUAGGUUAGACAUAUGGAGCUGGCCACCCUUUGAAACUUGACUUAAUCUCUGACCCUUUAAUGGUUAUCAUGCUUUACCCACCUGCUUCUAACAAAUGGUGAAACAAGGUGAGUAGCCACUCCAGGAGAACUAAAAUGACAGCUGUUGAAAUAUUAAAAGUGUCCAAUGAAUAACCCGGCGGGAGAUUGGGGGUUAUGGGCCUGCCUUGUAUUGACUGAGACGUGCCCAGCCUUACAUCGACUGUGUAAUUCUACUUUCUUGUUCUGCUGUCAUAUAAUAAUAUUAUGGUUAAAAAGGGAGAAAAAAAUCCUUUGGAUAAGAUUGCUACCAAUCCAGCCAAAACUAACACAGGACUAAAAAGGCAGGAAGGAGUACAUUGGGAAGAUUCCAAUUCUUUCCAACAUGUACGCAUUGCUAGUAGUUUAACAUAAAUGGGAAAAAUGGUUAAUUUCAUCUGAUUGAUAAUGAAGUGAUGCUACAAUGUACGGCUAUAGCAUACAUAUAUGGUUGUGAAGUUUAUGCUUGCAGGGCUGCUGGGGGGGUACCAACACAUGGGGAUCACAUCUGUACCAUUUUACACUGUAUUGUUGUCCCUUUGCUACUAUAGGAGCAAAGACUAUAUGUAAUAGUAAGCUCUCUUAAACUGGAUCCUAGGCAAGUGGGUGUUCUGCAGAUGAGCAUAAUUUUGAAGAAGCUCAACCUUCGGACAUUCUAUGAUUAAAAAAAUAUAUAUAUAUGAAUCUUUGCUUUUCUGUUCCAAGGAUGGUCUUUGUCCUUGUCAGUUAUCCUUUGCUAAAGCUCUGAAUGGGAACAACAGGAAAAAGGCAGCAAAAUUAAAACACAAAAAUUGAUUCUUUUUGGGAUCAAAGACUCACAAGGCCAGUCUCAUACAAUGAUUUGAAAAUCUUAUGUUUAUCAAUGGUGGCUGGCUGGUAAAUGACAGUAAGUGUGGUUUUCUGCUGGCUGAGGAACGAACGAAGCACAAAAUGUUUUUCUCACACACGGCUGGGAGUAUGGGUUCGAGUGUGUGGGGGGCCUUCAGGUCACAUGGUGUUUCAGAGUUCAUUUGUGUUUGUUGCCUUCCACCAUUGCCUGACCUUUCCCGCCCACCCACUCUCCAUGUGUUUUUUGGGUUGUAGGAUUUCAGGUAGUGCCUUAGUUCCGGUUAUCCUCAUAUGUUGAUCAAUUAUUGAAUCUAGGCUCAGUUUCAGCUGUUUUGUUAGCUCUCCUUUGGUGCUGUAACACUAAUGAUUCGUAGUGUUGAUAUAAGAAAGGUCGGGCUGCAUAGUCUGGUUGCAUUGGCUCCCAGUUGCAUGUGAGAAUGUUACUUCACAGUGACAGAAUGGACAUUUUAGGAGGGCUAGUGCAGGCAAACAAAAAUUAAUGUGAGCUCGCAGUUGUAUUCUUGGUGUGGGUGGUCAGAGGCACUUUAUAAACGGUAUAGCGCGGUCUUUGCAAAAUCUUUGCACAUUCUUGGGAAACCUUGUUCUACCAACUAAUAUGCAUUUUACGUGGCUGCGAAGGCCCUGGUGGUGAGUUUAAGGUCCUUCUGAUGUUUGUACUGAAAUCACGUGAAUAUCAAUUUGUGGAGCACUUAUAACAAUAAUAAUAAAUUAUUAAUUUUGUUUAAUUUGCAAAAACACAUAACUCAGAUAUACUUACUGUACGUAAUUAAUGUAAGGCUUUUUGCAAAGUCUAUAAAUCUAUGCAAUUUAAGUUGGGUCAGAUUACACCACAGUCUGUGGUUUUAAUAUUUUUAUUAUGUUCCAAGCAUGUUCCUUUGCAUGUCAUCUGAAAGCCUCAAUAAGCUUCAAACUAAGCUUUUUUUGGACUUAAAAUAAUAGUAUUAUGAGUUGGGUACUGUUUAAAAAACGAGCAGGGGUGUAUUAUCAGGUUUAGAUUUCACCUUGAGUUUUUAAACCUGAUGAUAAAUGACUGCGAGUUUUUUUAAUUGCUUCAAAAUCUCUGAUAUGGAUCAACUCAUUCUUGCACUAAUAUUUAGAUUUGGCCGAGUUAUUUUGGUCCAAAAUAAUUGGAGGUGAAGUCCAUCAGAUAUAAAGACACUCAUUAAACAUUAAUUUCUUCUGUUUUUUCGAGAAUAUUAUUAUUAAUGAGCAGAGUGCAAAGAAAAUCAUUUUUACAGCUUGUCAUUCGGGCAAGCUGAAGCUAGCAUUUACUAGUCCUGACUUCACUUCAACUAGCCCCAAAAGCUUUUUGAUUAGUAGAUUAUUGAUUUCAAAGUUCUUCUGUUAUUCAAAUUCCUCAAAGAACAGCACUUGCCCGUCCGGCAAGUUAAAAACAGACUUCACUAGCCCGGUAGCAAAAUCCACUAGUCCCAGGCUAUCGGACACCACUUUCUUUGCACGCUGAUGAGUUUUUGAAUAUUAAAAUGAAGAUAAUAAUAAGCAACCUUAUAUUGCUUUGGUUAUACCGGUAAUUAUAUUUCCUUGCCAGCUCCAGUGUAGUUUUCUUGCUGAUUUUCAGUCCAUAGGAUGUUUUUUUUUUUAUCCUCUGUGUUUUUCUAUAAAUUCUUAUUGUGGUCAUAGAAAACCACAAGGGCAUAAUGGGAGCCAUAGAAUCAUAGAAUGAACAGGUAACUCUUUUUAAAAUUUAUCCUAUCCUCCUGUAAAAGUCUAGUUGAGUAUUCACAUCAGUUUUUUGCUGGACAGUCUGUACAUAACCAGCAGACUGUGCAGAUGCUUAAAUUUUGAGCUUGGGUGGCCCGUGGCUGAUCUGGAUUCAUUUUGCUAAUACGCAAUAUUGCCUUCUCUCCACAGAACCAAGCGGGUUUGGAAACCAAAUGUUGUUAAAAAGAAAUAUUACAGUCAAAUACUAGAACAAACCAUGAGAAUUGAAUUCAGUACACAUGCACUGAGAUGUAUUGACAAGGCGGGAGGAUUUGACAACUACAUUAUUAACACUAAAGACAAGUGGCUACACUCAAGAACAGCUAUAGAACUGAAGAAGCUUAUGUUAGAUGUACUCAAGUGUAAGGAACAGGGUAUGCCCAUGAGUCAGAUUAGGAAGGAAGUAUUCCCACAGCCUAAAGUAAGCAAACAUGUUCAUAUUCCAAAGAGAUACACCACGAGAUUCUACUUUGAUUGGAGAGGACCUCGCAAACAAGUUCUUUAUUGUUGA